UUACUGCCAUUCCAACAAAGAACUCUCCUUUUUAUCCUACUUAUAUACCUCUUCAAACCUUCACUCCCUCGGUACAUAGAAUAUGGCCGGACGACAAAGGAUCAUACGGGCAGCAUCGCUGCAAAGCCUGGCGCCAAUUCCCCGACCCAACCGCUCCGCCGCAACAUCAGCUCGCCUCUUCUCAUCCACAUCCCUCAACUCAAACCCUGCGCGCAUACCCCUGGACAUCCCUCCCCCGUUUCCCGUUACCAAAACAUGUCCCGAACCGAGCUGCUCCUGCCCGGCGACCCCGUCCAUGCCCGCGCCCAUCGACUAUGACCAGCCGCUAAACGGAACGAUGGCGGCCUACGCACAGCAGCUUCUCAUCUGCACCGGACAACGAGACUGGACGAGUCGCAUAGAGGAGGACGGUCAGGGCCAGAGCUGGGGUGAGAUGGUCCGAGGAUUGAAACGCCUGCUCGGGCGUGGGGGGAAAUAUGCCGAUCCCUUCAACAAUAUCCUAGUCACCAGCUCCUCCUUCCUCCCCUCGUCACAAACAUCAUCAUCAGAAACCAGCGCAGCAACCCCCCAGACCGCAUCCGCCUUCCUCUUCCCCAGCUUCAAAUACUUCCCCUCCGUCCCUGUCAAUGUCCCCGAGUCCGCCUCCGCCUCCGCAACAACCGACCUCUCGACCUUCGUCCGCGCGUUCCUCCUCCCCAGCGAAUCAAGACAUGGAGGGCAAAUACGCGAGCAAUCUCUGGCAGCUGAGUUCCCAGAUGCCGUUGACCUGCAACACUCCCCCGUUGUGUUGAUCUGCGGGCACGGUGGUCGCGACAUGCGAUGUGGUGUCAUGGCGCCGGUUCUGGAGACUGAGUUUCAACGGGUGCUGAAAUCUAAGGGGUACACGUCUGCGGGAAGUGAUAACAGUGUUGUUGAUAGCCCCGAGCAUGCUCACAUCGGGCUGAUCAGCCAUGUUGGAGGACACAAGUAUGCUGGAAACGUGAUCGUAUAUAUCCCUCCCGGAAUGAAGGAAGCUGGCUCUUCUUCGCCGCAUCCGUUGGCGGGCAAGGGUAUUUGGUAUGGGCGUAUUGAGCCCAAGCAUGUGCAGGGUGUGGUGGAGGAGACGAUCCUGGGUGGGAAGGUUAUUACGGAUCACUUCCGGGGAGCGGUUGAUCGGGAGAGUGGGGUGUUGAGGUUGUAGCCUUGGAGAUUUGGCUUGGUGGUAGAAUAUAUUGUAUAGUAGAGAAUA